AUGGCCGAACUACCCAAUGGUAUGGCUGUGCCAUCGAACAACGAUAUCGAGAUGAAGGAGGAGGUGGCAGAGCCUUCUGUACACAGCAUCCCUUCUGCUCCAGAACAAGUCGCAGGAGCCGCCCAGGGCGAUGAAAGUCUGCCUAUCAACCAGUCCUUUACCACCGAAGCCCCCAACCCCGAGUCUGGCUCGUCAAGCAUGGAAGGCAUCAUCAACGGCCACUCGAACGAUGCGCCAGCCAGUCAAGUCGCACCUCCACCAGUCGCACAAGCUCCUUCAGCAUCGCCAUUGCCCGCCACUGCCUCUGCGCCAAUCCCACCACCCGCCGCUUCUCUGCCUGUGUUGGCACCAUCCCCUUCGCCUGCGCCAACCAGACCAUCCUCGAUCCCUCCUGCAGUUUCGCUGCCACCUGAGAAGGCCCAUCAACACGGUUCACCUACCAGAAUCUACUUGAACGAUGUCGCCAUGUACUUCAUGGAGGGCAUGAAGUAUCUCGCUGUCUACAGGCCCGAGAAGCCAUUGAAGUGGAUGGGCGAGUUUCUCUUGAAGCGCAGCGCCGAGCUUGAGGGUUAA